AUGUCUCUCGUACGGACCGCUCUCCUCUCCCUGUGCGCCGCCGCCACCACUUCGGCCCUCAAGAUCUCUAGCUUCACCAACUCUGGCCCUGCCUGCCCUUCCGGCGACUCCGUCACCUGGAACGGCAGCUCUACCGACCCCGUUUUCUACCUCAACGACUACUCCGUCUCCCUCGACACCCGCGAAACCGUCUCCUGCGAGCUUCACCUCGUCAUUGAUGGUGGAAAGGCCGGCGAGGCUGUGACCGUCGGUGAGGUCUCCGUGUGGGGCCGCCUCGGCCUCGCCUCGAACGGCGCCACUACCUUUUACACGUCGGCCUUUUGGUCCGAAGAUGCUGGCUCUCCUGUGACCAAGAAGAUUGAAUCGAGCACCACCUCAGCCUUCAACGGCAACGUCGCCAUCGAUGCCAACCUCGGCCUCUCUUCCCCCUGCAUCGGCAGCGAUGGCCACGUCGGCAUCCUCAACCUCAACUUCCGCGUCUUCUCCGAGGGAGGCAAGGUCACCUUUGGCCCCCAGAAGGCCGGCUCCGCCGUCUCCGAGCACAUCCAGCUCACCUCCGCCAAGUGCUAA